AUGGAGCCCAAUGUCGAGAACAAGUUUUGGCUCGGUCACAAGAUCGGGAGCAGGUCUUUGGAGAGAUCUAUUUGGGUACUAAUACUCAAACGGACGAAGAUAUCUUGUGCUUCAUCAACUUCUUGCGAGGAAAGCUCCUCUCGGCCAGAUCUCUUGGACAAGAGUCAUAGGCUAACAUCCCACAAGGACCAUCACCCAUUAAAAAUAUUGUCCCGACGGGUCCUUAGGACACUGGUGCCCUCCUUUUUUUUUUUUUUUUCUUUUUUUUUUUUUCGGCUCGACAUUUCGACCUCUCCGGCUCUCCCUCCAAUCCACCUCCUCCCCCACCCUCGAGCCCGCUGCCUUCGACCCCUCCGACAGCGCCGACGACCCCUCCUGCCUCCCAGACCGCCUCUUCCGCUCUCGCAAGCCAGCCCCCUUCCCUCCCCUCCCGCUGAUUCGUCGCCGAGCCGGUCGCCGCCCGGUCGUGCUCCUUCGUCGGCACCCACGAGUACGUCGCCCACAAGGUCGCCGCCGGCCACUCCCACAGUCCCAUGGCAGCGCCGCGUCCUCUUCUACGAGUUUCUCUACGGUCGAAUCCGAAGACUGAGAGAUCUGAGCGCAGAGGACCGGGCCGACCUUGUUAAUGCUCUGAAGGUUUUUGUUCUUGCUUCUGUUCUAUCUCGCCGUUGGCUACGCCUCCCUCCCCUCCGUCGCCAGCGCAACUACGAGGACAUCCUCAUGAACUUCGUGGUCGCCAUGGCCAUGGCCGCAGAGGGCAGGGCGGGGCCCGUCACCAUGCUGGUGGAGGGUAGGAGGGUCAGAGACUGGGGCAACCCUCGGAACGACGGAAGCAGCAGCGACGACCGUGAUAGUGAUGCAGUGAAAGAGCAAGAGAGGGAAAGAGAGAUUACACGGGUGGGAUUGAGCGCCAGAGGAGACCACAGGAAGAGGACCGAGUCGGUCUGAAGGUGGUGUUUUUUUUGUUUCCUGAACUCAUUUUUUUGUACUUUGAUCGGGGCUUUCUUGCUUCUGAUCCAUCUUCGUUUUUGUUUUAAUUUUGUAAUUAGAAAUCUAGAUUUUUUGUUUCAUAUUUUUUGGAACAAAAAUUGUAACUUGAUGUGUUCUUGAAACAGAACAAGCUCCAGAGUCUAUAUUUUUCUUUCUCCUAA